AUGCAGUCAGCAGCAGUCAGAGUGCGUCACGAGGUGAGCUGUUGCAAGUCUAUGGCCUGCACGACUCACACUUGACUGUGACUUGACUCACACUGAUGCUUGCAUGGCUGCAAUUCAGCUGAGGUGUUUGCCGUUGUCCAGCUUGGCACUCUCCAUGCACUCCUCCUCCACCAUCCUCCAACACUUGCGCUUGACUCUUCACUGCCGCUUCUCUCUAUCACGAGUGAGCAAGUACUGCAUUCAUACUGGUACUGGAAUCUUCUGCGUCCAACGGGUAUCUUCUAUUACAUUGGUCUUUUUCCAAGUCGAUAGACCAUCAUGGUGCGUAUUGACUACGACCUUGUGGCGCGAGACUUGAGCACAUCCUUCAGAGCAUGGCCAAAUGCACUGUAGGGUGGGUAGCUAACGAUCGCCACCCUUCUGAUAUGCACGCUUUGCACUCAUCCAGGACCGCAUCAAGGAGGUGAGCGAUUUUGUAGAGCGUCCGGGUACCCAGCGCCAUCCACCUCACCGCUGAUCGCACCCCCUUAUAUUGCCCUUUGCUGCUUUUCAGAAACUCAACUCUCUUCGAGCCGAGGCUGAUCAAGCUAUUGAUCGAGCUGAAGCAGCCGAGAAGCGCGUGAAGGACCUAGAGCAAGAGAUUCUCACAAAGGAUCAAGAGAUCGCUUCCCUCUCUCACAAGAACAGUCUCCUCGAAGGAGAUCUGGACAAGACGGAGGCUAAAUUGCACGAAGCUAAAGCUAGUCACAAUGAUCACGAAUCUUCUAGGACUGCUGCCGAUGAUCUUUCUAGAAAGAUUUCUCUUCUUGAAGAGGAACUCGACAAUGCCGAAAAGAACUUGCGCGAGACCACCGAGAAGUGAGUGAAUGUUUUUCCAUGCGACAUGGCAUGCAUCUAGGCAGGUUCUUGGCUUCCAGCGCCGUUGUGGUCAUCUGAGCGCGUAACGGGAGCGUAGGGUGUUGAGACGCGCUGCUUUCGGCACGCCAUUCAUCGAAGGCUUUUGACAGGCUGGUGCGGUGGAGGGUAGCAUGUUCGCUUCUCAGCUUCUGCACCAGGGGAAAUGGUGGGGAGGAGACGACUGUUCGCGCAGUGCUAGCAAGCGUCGUCGGCCCGGCCAUUCUGCCCGGUGGAUAGUGCCCUGAAACGCGUAGAUUCUCUCGCUGCAAACUCCAACGCGCGAACCAUUUCUGACACUCGUCGUGCAUAUUUCUUCAACCUUAUCCCACUCAUCCUUUGUAGAUUGCGUCAAACCGACGUGAAAGCUGAGCACUUUGAGAGACAGGUGGCCAGUCUCGAGAGGGAGCGCGAUGGGUGGGAGCAAAAAUUCGAAGAGGCGGAACAGAAGCACAAGCACACCAAGGCAGAAUUGGACGAGGUUGUGGCUCAGAUGGAAAGCCUUUGA